AUGGCUGACAAGGGAUUGGAAGAUCUUCCUGAGGGACAGAUCGAAUCUAACUACGAUGAGAUCACCGACUCGUUCGACGCCAUGGAGCUGAAGCCCGAGCUCCUUCGUGGUGUCUACGCCUAUGGUUUCGAACGUCCCUCUGCUAUCCAGCAGCGUGCCAUCAUGCCCAUCAUCAAGGGUAACGAUGUCAUUGCUCAGGCUCAGUCCGGUACUGGCAAGACUGCCACCUUCUCCAUCUCCGCUCUCCAGAAGAUCGACCCCAACCUGAAGGCUUGCCAGGCUCUGAUCCUCGCUCCCACCCGUGAGCUUGCUCAGCAGAUCCAGAAGGUCGUUGUCGCCAUUGGUGACUUCAUGAGCAUCGAGUGCCACGCCUGUAUCGGUGGUACCAACGUCCGUGAGGACAUGCAGGCCCUUCGUGACGGUCCCCAGGUCGUUGUCGGUACCCCCGGCCGUGUUCACGAUAUGAUUCAGCGCCGUGUCCUGAAAACGGACCAGAUGAAGCUGUUCAUCCUUGACGAGGCCGAUGAGAUGCUUUCUCGUGGUUUCACCGAGCAGAUCUACGACGUCUUCCAGCUCCUCCCCCAGUCGACCCAGGUUACCCUGCUUUCGGCUACCAUGCCCCAGGAUGUCCUGGAGGUCACCACCAAGUUCAUGCGCGACCCCAUCCGUAUCCUGGUCAAGAAGCAGGAACUUACCCUUGAGGGUAUCAAGCAGUUCUACAUUGCCGUCGAGAAGGAGGAGUGGAAGCUCGACACCCUCUCUGACCUCUACGAGACCGUCACCAUCACCCAGGCUGUUAUCUUCUGCAACACCCGCAGAAAGGUCGACUGGCUUACCGACAAGCUCACUGCUCGUGACUUCACCGUCUCCGCCAUGCACGGUGACAUGGAACAGGGCCAGCGUGAUGUUAUCAUGAAGGAGUUCCGCUCUGGUUCUUCUCGUGUCCUCAUCGCCACUGACCUUCUGGCCCGUGGUAUCGAUGUUCAGCAGGUCUCGCUGGUCAUCAACUACGACUUGCCCGCCAACCGUGAGAACUACAUUCACCGUAUCGGUCGUGGUGGUCGUUUCGGUCGUAAGGGUGUUGCCAUCAACUUCGUCACCGCUGACGAUGUCCGUAUGAUGCGUGAGAUCGAGCAGUUCUACAGCACCCAGAUCGAAGAGAUGCCCAUGAACGUUGCUGACCUCAUCUAA